AAACAGCCAGUUACAACAUUACAUCCAUUCUAUUCUAAGAAGAAUUUCCCUAUAAAUGAUCGCAGAGAGUACACAGUAAAAGUAGUAUGUGGGAAAGCAAGCCUGUGCAGGAGCAGAGUUAUGGAUCACAGAGAAACGUGUGGUUACCUAGAACAAGAUAAGCAUUACAACAUGGCGGAGCUCAGAAUGCUGACAACUGCACUUGGCUUCCCAUAUGGUUGUCUGGAUAACUGUGUCCCACCUGAAUUUCUCCAUGAAGAGAGAAUAAGCUCCCAGGCUCUGCGACAGCUGUUAGAUAAGGGAUAUUUCACAACUGUAUUGCAGUUCUCUUACAACAUGAAGAGUGAUUUAUACAAUUCCAAAGUGAUCACCAAAUGCCUUGAUCUGCUGGAAAGAGGGAUUUUCAGCUUUGCUGACAUCCACGAAGCAAAAACGGCCUUCACUGCGUACGAAAAUCUUGAUCAGAGAGGGAUAAGAGCUGAGCCACACACACUGCUAAAAGCUAUAAAGAUGUGUGGCUUUGCCGUGUCUCCACAGAAGUUAUCAAAUUGCUUGAAGAAAAACAGAUUGAAUUUCGUAGAAAAGGGAAGACUUCAGUUUUAUGAGUUUCUGGAUUUACUUACUCUCUGUGAACCAAGAAGAUUUUUUUCCAUAAAAGAAGAAAGAGUGGGUAGCACUGACAAAACCAGAAGAGGCAUAUACAAGCUUGAUGAUAUGAGAACCUUCAUGGUGACCCCAGAUGAGAAGAUAGCUUGUUAUCUUGACCAAAGAUUUCAGCAGAUAGACAGUUGGCAGCUUCCUGAGGACACCAUGGAACUAUCAAAACUCCAGCGUCUCAACUCAACUCAGCCGACUGGAGUUCUUAAUGGAACAAGGCCACAACCUCUGCGGUGCAAGAGCAAAGCUUCACUGAUGGAUUUACCUGAGGAAAGCUGGACACUUCUGACUCCUGUGCCUCAUGUUAGUUGUCACUGCUAUACACCCAAGAAAGUAGAGCCCAUACUGGAUGAGACUGACAUCCAGAGAACACAAAAUAACAUAGAAGAUCUUUUAUACAACAUGGAGACUUUGGGUGAGAAAUCAAGGUGGGAACUCAACUGGAAGCUGGAUUACUAUCUGCCUGGCUACAGAGAAUCAGCCUUCACCAAACAAAAACCUACAGUAACACAAGUCCCAAAAUGUAUCACAAAGAAAAGAAAUGCAGUGGAUGUGUUUCAAAGGUUGUCAUCUCCCAGGAGAAGGUUUCCAUCCCCCUGCCAUGCUAUGUCCUGUGAUGCUUACAAGUUGGGCAUUUCAAGUGGCACAGUUGGAAAAACAUCUCAGCGGUGAAGGUCACCUUCUUCUGUCAAAGCACACACCAAACUACUCAAAGUAAAGGACAACUUUUAUGGGGAAAUAUAAAUUCAAAUAUAAUAUAGAGCAAAUCUGCAUGUGUGAAAAUGAUAUAAUGUAUGUGCUCCAGGAUUUGACAUAUGAGAGGUCACAACCAGUUUUUGUACCAUCUGCAUUCAUGUUCUUUUAAAAAAUUAAAUGGCACUUUCUUAAUACAGAUAUACAGACUGAAAAUUGGCAAAAGGACACUCUAUAAAUUUCUCCAAAAACAUGUAAAUUGGUUUCUGGGGUAUGCCCAAAAGCAAGGUUUUAAAAAGCUUUCUGUUGUUUUUAUAUAAUGGUCAAUUAACAGGUACUACGUUCAUGUUUGCUCACCUACCUUACUUUGUAGAAGUUCUUUCUCUGAUAUGUCGCUUUUUUUUUAUUAAAAAAAAAUAAUAAAAGUAAUUUUCAAAUUAAA